AUAAGAUUUAAAUUAUUUUAUUAUGGCAGAAGUUGAGCAAUUAUCAGAAGAACUUACAACAUUAAAAAGAGUUGUCUAAACUUCAUUACAUAGAGGACAAUUAGCUAAGGGAGUACAUGAGGUCUGUAAGGCAAUUGAAAGCAAAUAAGUAUUAUACUAGAGUGAGUUUAGGCCAAAUUUGUAGUAUUAGCUGAUGAUUGCACAGAAGACACUUACAAGAAAUUGGUUGUUGCAUUAGCAAAAUAAUUCCAGAUUCCAGUUUGGAAAGUUGAAAAAGGUGCUUUACUUGGAGAAUGGAUUGGCAUUUCAAAAUUCCUUACAAAGACAAAGAAAAUUAAGUCAAGAAAAUGUUCAUCUGUUGCUGUAAAAGACUUCGCAAUUGAAGUUAGCGAAAAUGAAAAACUAUUUGUGGAAAAUAAAAUAAAGGGAUUGUGAAGCUAUUUAGU